AUGACUGAACAACAUAGAAGUCGUUUCUCAGUAAAAAAACAAGAGGCAGUAAGAAAACAUCGAGAAGAAACUGUAGACAGUGUUAUUGAUACUUAUGCACAGUUAAUAGAAAAUAUUGAUCAAAAGAAUGAAGAAAAUAAAAUAAAACAACCAAAUAAGAAAAGGGAUAAUGAAAAAAUAGAAAAGAAGAAAUUAAGUGUUGAUCCAAAAAGAAUAGAUUCAAUCUUUGAUAAACUUGAAGAGGUUAACGAUAAUAAUAAUGAACCUAAUACUGAAAAUGAAUUAACUCCUCAUGACUUUGAAACUAAUAUAGCUAUGAGUUAUCUUCAAAAUGAAUAUGAUGUCGAUAUUAACCAUCCCCAACUUGAAUUAACAAAAAGUAAAAUAGAACCUAAUACAUUUAAAACUUCUUUAAAACGAUUCUCUUAUUGUCCUGUUCUUUUCAGUAACAAUGAUGAAAAUAUAAAAGAAAUAAAAGAAGAAUUUCAAGUUGGAGUUGACAAUAUCUUGGACUCUUAUAUUGACAUUAAUGACAAUCAACCUCAUCAAGAAGAAAAAGAGAGUCAACAAAAUCCAACAUUAACUGCUCCAUCAAUUCCUUCUCAAGAUUUUGCUGAAGAAGAAAAUUUGUAUAAUAGAGUAGAAACACCUUAUUUAACUGAAGAUAAUAAAACAACUAAAAACAAAUCAUUUGAAGAAAUGAUUAAUCAUUAUCCAAUUGAAUUACCAAAUGAAUCUAAGUCUUUAAUACAUAGUGAUGAUAAAAGUGAUAAUACAGAGAAAACAAAAUUAGUAUUAAAUCCAUCAGUAAUAAAAACAAAAGAAGAAUUAACCAACAAAAAAGACUCAAAAAAUAACACUGAAUUAGAACCAAACGAAAAACAAGAAAGUAAAAUGGUUGAUAUUAUUGUAAAUUGGCACCCUAAAAAACCAAAUAACGUAUUUCAAACUGAAUGGGAACAAGAGAAAUAUAACUUAAAAAGUUACAAUCUCGAAGAUACGAUUAAUGAUAAAACUGUUGAUGAAAAUGAGUUGUCAAAAUUGGAACUAAAACGAUUUAAUACUCAACCGAUUGAUGUAAGUUCAAUUAUUAGUCCGAAAAAAAGUGAUGGAACAAUAAACAAUACACAAGAAAUGAUUGAAGAUGAAUUAGAUAAAAAACAUAUUGAAAAAUUAACAGAAGAAACAAAACGAUUAACAACAACAACAUCUAAUGAAAAAGAAGAAGAUUUUACAAAAUACUUAAUAAAAUAUCAAGGAAAACCAUCUAUUUUCCAAGGACGAAAAGGAAAUGAAGAUAUUUCUGAAGUCAAAGAAGAAUUUCAAGUAGGAAUUGACAAUAUUUUAGAUUCAUAUAUUGACCUAAAUAAUAAUACAACUCAACAAGAAGAAGAAAAAUUAGAAGAAUUAAACAAUUUAGAUCUUCAAAAAAGUUCUUCUGAUAAAGAAGAAAUAGAAAAAUUAAUAAGUCAAGAGGAAGAAAAUGAAAAAGACAAAACAAGCAAAGAAAAUGACAGUCUUCAAAAAAGUUCAGUUAUUGAUUUACAUCUUCUUGGAAAUGGAACUCCAUUAUUUAUUAAAGUAAAUUUAAAUAUUGAUUUAAAAGAAAAUAUUGAAGAACAAGAAAAGAAAAGGACAUUACUUCAAUUAACAACAAAUCAAAUGAAAAAAGCUGUUGUUGAAAAAUUAAAAAAAGAAAGUAUUAAAAAAUUAGAAAAUUCAGGACUCGAUAAUGAAGAAAUAAAUAAAAAAGUAAAUCUUUGUGUCCAAGUUGCUGAAAAAGAAUGGGAUGAUGCUGUUGUGAAACUUGGUCAAAAAACUGCAAUAUUUUCAUCUGUAAAGAAAAAUUGA